AUGUCUUUUCAACGUGUUGGCCUGCGCUUUGCGCAGCAGCUACGUCCCUUAACAUUCCGACCUGUCCUUCGAUCGACCCUACAACGACGACUCGCCAGCAGCACCCCUCCACCUCCAGGUCAGGGAGGAACCAAACUGGUCGGAACCGCCGAUAAUGCUUUCAACCGAGAAAGAGCUGCUGUAAAAGCUCAUGCUGCUGCUACCAGUGAUCUCUGGCGUAAGCUUGCGAUGUAUGUCGUCAUUCCCUGCCUGAUCCUCGGAAGCAUCAACGCCUGGAACCUGUGGAACGAGCAUUGGGAGCACUGGAAACAUCUGCCACCUUUGGAAGAACGAGUUGAAUAUCCAUACCAGAAUAUCCGAACAAGGAACUUCUUCUGGGGAGACGGUGACAAGACUCUGUUCUGGAAUGACAAGGUCAACUACCACAAGAAAGACAAGCAAACCUAA